AUGGCAACCGAGGGGCUGCACGAGAACGAGACGUUGGCUUCGCUGAAGAACGAGGCGGAGAGCCUGAAGGGCAAGCUGGAGGAGGAGCGGGCCAAGCUGCACGACAAAAUACCUGAGUUGCAAAAGGAAAUUGAACUGCUGCAGACACAAAAAUUGGAUGUUGAAAAACAGGCCCAGUCACAGAAGAGGGAGAUGAGGGAAAAGAUGUCAGAAGUUACAAAACAGCUUCUUGAAAGCUAUGAUUUUGAAGAUGUCAGAAGCAGGCUGUCUACAGAGGACUUGGAACACUUAAAUGAAGAUGGAGAAUUGUGGUUUGCUUAUGAAGGCUUGAAAAAAGCGACAAGAGUAUUGGAAAGUCACUUCCAAUCUCAGAAGGAAAACUAUGAAAAGGAGAUUGAAGGUCUGAACUUGAAAGUUGAACAUCUUAGCCAAGAUAUUAAUCAUCUACAAAAACUAUUUCGAGAGGAAAAUGACAUAAAUGAUGGUAUUCGACUUGAAGUUAGCAGGCUAACUUCAGAAAACCUGGUGAUCCCAGAUCUUAAACAGCAAGUUUCUGAGCUUGAGAACCAAAAAUUAGACCUUGAAAACCGUCUUCAAGAGCAGAGUGCGAAGUUGAAAGAGAUGUCUAAUCGACUGCAUCACGAGCCAGAAGGGGACAGAACACUAAGAGGAACAAAUGAGAUCCAGAAUGAAACGGACAUAAAAGAAGAGAGGUUGAAUGUCAUAACCCAAGAAAUGGAGGGGCUGAGCAAUGGUUUGAAGCAAGAUGAAGUCCACGCUGAAGUAAAAAGCAAGAUGAAGCAAGAAACAACUCGGCUUACUGUGGAAAACAUGGACCUUGAAGAAGAACUAGACAUGAAAGAUAGAAUAAUAAAGAAAUUGGAGGAUCAGAUCAAAACUCUUACCAAGACUAUUGAAAAAGGUGAUGAAAUUCAUGUGUCAGCUUUGUCCAAGGAGUACAUUGGAAUGAUGGAGUACAAAAGAGAGGAUGAAGAAAGGAUCGUUCAAAAUCUGAUCCUCGAUUUAAAGCCACGUGGAGUUGUAGUCAAUACGAUACCUGGCCUUCCAGCUCACAUCCUAUUCAUGUGUGUGAGGUAUGCAGAUUAUCUGAAUGAUGCUGACAUGCUGAAAUCUUUCAUAAAUGUAACCAUUGAUGGUAUAAAACAAGCUGUUAAGGAAAACUCAGAAGAUUUUGAGAUGUUGUCUUUUUGGCUUUCCAAUACAUACUAUUUUCUUAACUGCUUGAAGCAAUACAGUGGGGAAGAGGAAUUUAUGAAAUACAAUACCCCUCGUCAGAAUAAGAACUGUUUGAAGCAUUUUGAUCUCUCGGAGUACAGACAAGUUCUCAGUGAUUUGGCCAUUCGGAUCUAUCACCAAUUCAUUCUUGUAAUGGAGAAUAACAUUCAGCACAUGAUCGUACCAGGUAUGCUGGAAUAUGAAAGUCUCCAGGGAAUUUCUGGCUUGAAACCUACAGGGUUCCGUAAACGUUCCUCUAGUAUAGAUGACACGGAUACCUACACAAUGACAUCUAUCCUGCAGCAACUCAGCUACUUCUACAGUACGAUGUGCCAGAAUGGCCUGGACUCUGAGCUUCUCAAGCAGGCGGUGAAGCAGCUUUUCUUCCUCAUUGGAGCGGUCACCCUCAAUAGUCUCUUCCUCCGCAAGGACAUGUGCUCUUGUAGGAAAGGAAUGCAGAUAAGAUGUAAUAUCAGCUAUUUGGAAGAAUGGCUUAAAGACAAGAAUCUUCAAAGCAGCAGUGCCAAAGAAACUUUAGAGCCUUUGUCUCAAGCAGCCUGGCUCCUUCAGGUCAAAAAGAUCACUGAUGAUGAUGCCAAAGAAAUAUGUGAACACUGCACAUCGCUUUCCACUGUGCAGAUAGUUAAGAUCCUCAACUCAUACACUCCGAUAGAUGAUUUUGAGAAAAGAGUGACUCCGUCAUUUGUUCGCAAAGUCCAGGCUAUGCUAAACAAUCGCGAGGAUGGACCGCAGCUGAUGCUUGAUACCAAAUACCACUUUCAAGUGACGUUUCCUUUCACACCCUCUCCACAUGAUUUAGAAAUGAUACAAGUCCCCAGCAGCUUCAAACUUGGCUUUCUCACAAGGGUUUAGUAAAACCAGUACUUUGGUAUUUUCUCUGAGACCGAAUAAGGACAAGUAGACUUCCAUGCUUCCUUCCUCCAGCUGGAGGAUGGUGUGGUAGCUUGCCAUGAAUUAAUCCAUUAAAAACUUGUUCUAGAGUCAAGACUUAAAAAAUAAGAAUCGUUUCAGCCUGUGAUUUCCUUCUGUGUUUUUUUGUUUGUUUUUGUUUUUACUGUUGUUCAUUCUUCUUUACAAUCCUAUAAUAAUGGCAUCAGCUGGAUGCAAUUCCACACUGUUUUUUAGCCCAAACCUGAUGAGGAAAGAAUUUGUCUGACAAGUUUACAUUGGUUCUCUGUCAGUAACAUUAAAGCACUAGUCAUAGGGAAAGGUUAAGCUAGGAUCAAUAUACUGUACAGUUUUCCUUGAUUUGCUUUUGUGCCAAAAUAUUUUUUUUCCAAGAUCAUUCUCUUGUCUUGCUCUACUGAAUUUGUUUGACAUUAGAAGGGUGAAUACUAUACUUUCACUGCCUUUAUUCCUUUCAUGAAGUAAGUUGUUCAUAAAAAUUGACAAGAAGAAUGUAAAGAAAAGAAUAGAAAGUCCUCCUACAUUUGUUUGGACUUUUAUUAGUUUUUUUUAAUACAGAUAGCUACAUUGAACCUGGGGUCUGAGGUCAGUCUAAGAGCAUUGCUGUAAUAAACACACGCUGUCUUUGCAGGAAUGCUGGCUUGGCUCGCUCAGGCUGUGUGCAUUAUAGUUCAGGCACAGCAGACAGCUCUUCAGCCAGGGGAGCAAUUUGGGCACUUCCUUUUGUAGGCAGAUUUCAGUUGUGUUCUCUGCAAUGGCAUCUGGAUCUUCGUAUCAGUUAUCAGAGUAGAAAAGUCAGAUAUAAAAUUCCUGUUGUGAUCCAAACUACAAGUUUACUUCUUUAAAAAAAACAGGAGUCCUGUUUUAGGUCCAUUUCUAAUGCAAUGUCUUUAGGAACAUACGCUGAGUAUGCACUUAUGUACGGAUCUUUCUUUCUCCCAUUCUUUUUUGCUUGUUUCCCUCCCUUAGUUCAGAUACUGCUAUGGUCUGAAAUUACUGAUAAACCAAUCUUAAUUCCUUGCAUUUUUAAAUUACAGGAUCCUUAGGAACAGAAGUGGUCUCCUUUUUGUUUCGUUCAACAUUAUUCCUGUAGGCAGAACACAAAGAAUAACAACUUUCUUUAAUACUAGAUCCUGUCAGAAGAACUGGAGAGCCAGCAUUCACCUUGCUGCAGUGAUGGCUGUCAUUAGAAAUUCCUCAGAACAUACUGCUAGUUUUCUGGUUAGGCUAUUAUGGGAAUAUAAUACUAAAGCUUAGAAAUAUUGAAGGGAUUCUAAUUGACCUUGUUAAUUUAAAUAGUACUGGAAGAGACAUUUGAUUUUUGUAUUACAUAAUGUUUAAAAUUUGUAAAUAUGAAGAAAAAUAUUUUUGUUAUAUCGUGUCCUUGAUAUUUACUAUGAACAGUGUCAUAUUCACAGUGAUAACUACAGAGAUGCAUAAAGAAUAUAUGGAGGAACAUUUUUGUGUUUUGUUCAAAAGCUGUAAAACUACACAAUGUAGAGAUACGUAGGUAGGCUGGUAUUCUUAUCUGUUAAAUAAAGCAGCUUCUAGAUCAAUUUGUAGUGUUCUGAGUGAUGCAAGUAUUUUCAGUAAACAA